AUGAAUGACGGUACACUCGUCAUUCGUGGAGAGAAGAUUCCGUCGCGAAAUAUAGGCGGUGUUGGUUUUGUCGUGCACCCAUCUGUCGUCCAUCUCGUCGAUUCUCACGAGAUCCUGUCACCUCGUCUGGCCAUUCUUCGCCUCCGCCCUCUGCGCCAAAAAUCCAUCAGUAUCAUCAACUGCUACUCACCAACAUCAGCAUCUGAUGAAUCCGAAUUGGACGCUUUACGAGGAGCUGGAGGAAGUAGUCCGCAAUGA